AAUCUUUUUCAAAAAGAAAAAAAUGGCCGCCUCGUGUUUCAAUCCGUUUCGACUCCGAAAAACGAAGAGCAAAUCUCUAUCAAUCCCUUCAUCCUCGAGAACACAGCUAAGCAUAGACAGAGACAACAUGGAGAGAAGGAGAUUCGACAGUUUGGAAUCAUGGUCAAUGAUUCUUGAAUCUGAGAAUGUCGAAACAUGGGAUGCAUCAAACGAGGAGAGAGAAGAGUGGACAGCCGAUCUGUCGCAGUUAUUCAUAGGCAACAAAUUCGCCUCCGGGGCCCACAGCAGAAUCUACAGAGGAAUCUACAAACAGAGAGCAGUUGCAGUGAAAAUGGUCAGAAUCCCAACUCACAAGGAAGAAACAAGAUCUUUACUCGAGCAGCAAUUCAAGAGUGAAGUUGCCCUGCUUUCUCGUCUAUAUCAUCCCAAUAUCGUACAGUUUAUUGCAGCAUGUAAGAAACCGCCAGUAUACUGUAUCAUUACGGAGUACAUGUCACAAGGGACGCUGAGGAUGUACCUGAACAAGAAAGAGCCAUACUCUCUUUCAGUGGAGACCAUUCUAAGAUUAGCCCUCGACAUAUCUCGUGGAAUGGAGUAUCUCCAUUCACAAGGGGUGAUUCACAGAGACCUCAAAUCGAACAACUUGCUCUUAAACGACGAGAUGCGAGUUAAGGUUGCGGAUUUCGGGACUUCUUGUCUGGAAACACAGUGCAGAGAAGCCAAAGGGAAUAUGGGAACUUACCGUUGGAUGGCACCCGAGAUGAUUAAGGAGAAACCCUAUGCUCGGAAAGUUGAUGUGUACAGCUUCGGGAUUGUGCUGUGGGAACUUACCACAGCUUUGCUUCCUUUCCAAGGAAUGACUCCGGUUCAAGCUGCUUUUGCUGUCUCCGAAAAGAAUGAGAGACCACCAUUACCAGCAAGCUGUCAACCUGCACUUGCUCACCUCAUAAAGCGCUGCUGGGCAGCAAACCCAUCGAAGCGUCCCGAUUUUAAUGAAAUUGUUCGUGCACUAGAAAAGUACGACGAGUGCAUAAAGGAGGGGCUGCCACUAACUCUCCACACAGGGCUUGUUAGCCGAAAUGCUAUUCUUGAACGCUUAAAAGGAUGUAUAUCCAUGAGUUCAUCUAUAACUGUACAUGCCUAACUCACAGAUAGACACAUAUAUGGUAUUUGCUAUUGUAUUCUGUUCUUGUUUUUGGCUUACCAAAGUUGGUAGAUUUGUCGAUUUUAAAUAUGUAUAUAGCACAAGUAUUUUUGUAGUUAUCCGAUUAAAAAUCAGCUCACUGUGCAUCUUUUGAUUUGUGCAAAUUACAGAACUAAAUCCU